CACUAGCCAAGCAAAAGCCGUCAAAUCAUCGUCGCUCAUUUGAUCCAACAUAUUAAACUAAUUUCUGCGCUUUAAUAGUUUAAAUUUCGACCGAGUCUUUAUAAUGAGUACCAUUGGCACAGGAUACGACUUGUCGGCCUCCCAAUUCUCCCCGGAUGGCCGCGUUUUCCAGAUCGACUACGCCUCGAAGGCGGUGGAGAAGAGUGGCACCGUGAUCGGAAUCCGAGGCAAGGACGCCGUGGUCCUGGCUGUAGAGAAGAUCAUCACCAGCAAGCUGUACGAGCCGGACGCCGGUGGGCGCAUCUUCACCAUCGAGAAGAACAUCGGAAUGGCGGUUGCGGGACUGGUGGCCGAUGGAAACUAUGUGGCUGACAUCGCCCGGCAGGAGGCGGCCAACUUCCGGCAGCAGUUCGAGCACGCCAUCCCGCUAAAGCACCUGUGCGACCGCGUCGCCGGCUACGUUCACGCCUAUACUCUGUACAGCGCCGUACGCCCCUUCGGCCUGUCCAUCAUCUUCGCCUCGUGGGACGAGGUCGAGGGCCCCCAGCUCUACAAGAUUGAGCCUUCCGGCUCCUCCUUCGGCUACUUCGCCUGCGCCAGUGGCAAGGCCAAGCAGCAGGCCAAGACCGAGAUGGAGAAGCUCAAACCGGACAUGAAGAUCGAUGAUCUGGUGAAGAGCGCCGGAGAAAUAAUCUACAAGGUCCAUGACGAACUGAAGGACAAGGACUUCCGUUUUGAAAUGGGUCUGGUGGGCAGGGUAACUGAUGGCCUGCAUCGUAUUAAUCCCCCAGAACUGACGGAGAAAGCGCGGAAUGCCGGAGAUGCCGCCAACAAGGAGGAUGACAGCGACAAUGAGACGCAUUAGUUCGUUUGCGGCAGUGAAUCUAAUUCUGGGCCUAAAUACAUAACGUUAAUUUUAUAUUUCCCUAAAGCGCAAAAUGUAUACAAAAAAUCGGGUGAACAAA